AUGCCUCUCACCCAAACGUUUGAAGCAGUACAGCUGGAAGCCAUUCGAUCCUUGUACAUACGAGGACUAGGUAACAUGAGCGGAGAAGAUGUCUCAGCCCGCAUGGGGCCUGCUAUCGCUGCGCUAGCAUCAGUCCCCAUUUUUACCACCAGAGACGAAGGACACAUCGAUCUGGCCGAUGGCGAGAACGUGCUGAUGCAGGAGCACCUCGUUGAUUUCUGCAAAGAGAUGAUGGCCAAAAAUAUAACAAUCGAAGUGAGCUCACCGUCCUCCGAGUUGAAUUCAACUAAUGUCCGCAAGGCGUUUUCGAAUCCCAAUGGAGUCGAGGGCAACCCUGAAGUAAGAGAAGCCUUUGCAAGCUACAUCGACCGAUAUUUCAACCCUUCAAUUUCUGUCACCGCCGAUCAUAUUGUUCCCGCCGCUGGUUCGAGCAAUGCGCUUAACGGUCUCCUUCUGACGCUAUGUGAUGCGGGUGACAGUAUCAUCUGUCCGGCGCCUGCCUGGAGAGGCUACAAUAUCCUGGCCCUUCUGAGUCCAUCUGUGAAUAUACUUCCAGCUUGGGUUCCCCCUACAGAAUCUUGGCUUGAGGAUAGUCUAUCUACAGCCAUCAUCCCCGCCCUUGAGAAAACUUAUCUGUCGGCCCCUGAGCCCAAGCGGAUCAAAGCUUUGGUCAUCGCAAACCCGGCUAACCCGGUAGCUCAGUGCUAUCCUGAGAACGUUGUCAGAGAAAUGAUGAAUUUCUGUCACAAAUAUGCCCAGUUUACAUCUGCUCUAUCUCUUGUCAGUGGAGCCGAUGCUUCAAAUCUGGAAUCGGCAAAGGCAAAGUCCGCCCUGGAUCCAAAAGAGGGUACAUAUUGUAUGGAGCAUGACGAAGGAUAUGGGAACCUGUGGUGUGCGAUCGCCGGGGUGACCUACGGUACUUUCUGGCAGAUGUCAUCGCUAGCGGCAUUGUUCACCGUCGCGGUGUUGAGCUCACCAUUUCUUCCUGCCUGGCUGUCCUCUACAAGGGAAACACUCCGAAAGCACAAUCAGCUAUGCCAUGAGGUCUUGUCAGUUCCGGUUCUGGAUGGAAGAAUCAAGAUACUUCCAGCUUCAGCAGGACUUUGGGUCAACGUAAUAGUCACAUUAAAAGAAGGAGAGACGUUCAAGGAUUUCAUCUCGAAGACGAAAGCAAACAAGGUUGACAUUCUCCCUGCCCAGGAUUUCAAGGUGUACUACGGGGAGAACCAAGGAGAGUUCAAGAUAACAUUCGCAAAGGCUGAAGGGGUUCUCCGAGAAGGUUUAGAGAGGCUGAAACAAAGCUUACUUUGA